UCAUGAAUAAUAUUUAUGUUUUGUCUAAGAAUAUAUGGUAGGAGGAGAUUUCUCACAUAUCUUAAAGAUGUAUACAGUAAUAAUAAUAUUUAUUUAAAGGCCUUAGACGAAGAGUAUGUUAAGCAUUAUAUAGCUAAAGUAGUCUUAACACUUGAAUAUCUUAGAUCCAAAAAAAUUUUACAUAGAGACUUAAAACCAGAUAACAUUUUAUUAGAUAAGUAUGGUAAUGCUAAAUUGGCUGAUUUUGGACUUUCAGAAGUGGGAUUUAAUAAUAGUAUAAAUUAAAAUUAAGAUGAUAAGAUAUUGAAUCGUAUUAUACUAUUAUUAUAAUAUCUUAAAAAUACAAUACCUGAAUUUGCUGAUAGCAAUGAUCCUAAAUUUAAUACAGUAUUUGAUUUAAAGCUACCUCAAGCAUAAUAGGUGAUUAAAACAAGUAUUCUAAAUCAUGGCAAUUAUUAUAAAUCUAUCAAAAUUAAAAUAUAUAGAAAGCAUUUUAAUAGAAAUACAUAAUUUUAAUUAAAUAUCUGA